GCCACUCGCCAGUCGAGCCGCGCAGGGGAACCAGCGCGCAUGCCCGCCCCGCGCUCACUCGCGCCUGCGCACUGCGACGCACACCUAUCAACCUUAUCAAUGUUCGUCGCCCAGUACCUAACACAGCCUGGCCGUCUAACAUCGGAAUCCCUAAACAUCAUCAAUGUCAUAAUUAGAUUAAGUGCGUAACAUGUCCUCGUAUCAUUCUAGUCAGUGAAACAAAUACAGCGCAGUGGUUCUGAUGUGCAAGUGUGUCGGUGCCUUCGUGUUACUUCUACUGGUAUUGUUCCUGGACUCCAGGGACUGCUCGGCUAGUGAUGCCCCUGCCAAAAUAUCGCUUAACUCGGUACAAGCAUGGGCGGUUAAACUCGGUACCGAGUUAUAUCACUUCGGGGAGUUCAUCACUAGGAAGAAAGAAGUUCAGGAUAGCUUUAAAUCUGCUCAAGUCGAAUCGAGAGAUGGGGAAAAAUUAGUCCAGAGUAUGUCAGACGAUAUUCGCGCCAUGAUGGAACUGAAAAUUAGCGCUGUCAAGAGGAUAGUAGACGCGGCACAAAAUAUGGCUUUUGACAAACAAAACGAACCGGUACCUGAGGACUUUCAGUUCUACAAUAGUAAGGAGAUGGAGGAGCCGUGGGAUGAGGUGUCGAUCACCACCACACCAGAAACAGACUUCGGCCAGGAAAGCUGGAUAGUACGGCCUCCAUCAAAGAACGCGCAUACACAGCAAAACCCACAUUUUUCUAACAUUCCAGUAAACACUAAUUUUAGCAGUGUGCACGUUCCAACAAAUGUUUAUGCUUGGGCACCCGAGGUUAUCAAAGGAAUCCAUUGGUCGGAAGGUCUGGACACACACUUCAUAAACAAUUAUCAGAGUGACCCUACGCUGUCGUGGCAAUAUUUUGGCAGUUCUACUGGAUUCAUGAGGCAUUAUCCUGCUUUAAAAUGGAGGGCUGACCCCGUGGACAUUUACGAUUGUCGGACCCGCGCGUGGUAUAUGGAAGCAGCUGCGAGUCCAAAGGAUGUGAUCAUUUUAGUAGACCGCAGCGGGUCAAUGACCGGCCAACGACGGGAUAUCGCCAAACACGUUGUUACCAACAUACUUGAUACCCUCGGCAAUAACGAUUUCGUCAAUGUGAUGACAUUUGCUGAUACCGUGGAGGAAAUCGUACCGUGUUUUGAGGAUUCCCUUGUACAAGCUACCCUGGGAAAUCUCCGGGAACUGAAGUUGGCAAUGGACAAUUUCGAAACACAGGAGAUAGCAAACUUUUCAGCGGCUUUGACGAGAGCAUUCGAGCUAUUGGAAAUAUACAGGAAUAACAGCGGUGGAGCUAACUGUAACCAGGCAAUAAUGCUGGUUACAGACGGCGUACCGUACAAUUAUAAAGAAAUAUUCGAGAAGUUCAAUUGGAAAUACGAUACCCCAGUGAGAGUGUUUACGUACCUGAUAGGGCGUGAGGUAAAGGUGGCAGAUGUGAGAGAGGUGAAAUGGAUGGCGUGUGCCAACCGCGGGUUCUACGUGCACCUGAGCACUCUGGCAGAGGUGCGCGAGCGCGUGCUCGAACAUGUGAACGUGCUCGCGCGCCCUCUCGUGCUACAAAGAGCGAAACACCCUGUCGUCUGGACUCCUGUCUACGCUAACGUCACUGACCCAAAAGUAGCCGAUUACUUGUGGGAGCAACGUGAGCGUGCUGAACAAAAGGAGCGCUUCAUGAGCCAGCGACGUGAUAAAAACCUGUUCAAUUCGGACAAGGAACAGGACAGACGAUGGAGAAUUACUCAGAUGAAACAAGGCCAGUACAGUGAACUUGGGAAUUCUCAGUAUCAGUUAAUGACGUCAGUGUCAAUGCCCGUGUACGACCUGCGGCACAAUGAGAACAUCACAGAGAAUGUACUGAUAAAUGAAGCUUACUGGGUUUCGGUUACGAAAGAGUCCGUAGAGGAGAACGGCCAGAAAGAGAUGCGUAUAGCUAGACUUUUGGGAGUAGCUGGCACUGACGUACCUCUUUCUGAGAUACAAGCUCUCAUGACACCAUACAAGAUUGGUGUUAAUGGUUAUGCUUUCAUAGUGACUAACAACGGAUAUAUAUUGAUACAUCCUGACCUGAGGCCCGUUUUCCAACAAAUCCUGAAACCUAGUUACAAUAGUGUCGACAUGAUAGAAGUCGAACUGUUCGAUGACGACCGUGGGCCCAGGAACUUUAGCAAGGAACUCACCGCCUUACGUAAAGAGAUAAUAGACCAGAAGACUGGCAACAAGGUGAUGAGCGUGAAGUACCAUCUCGAUGACAUGAAACGAGUAUCUCGAGCAAAAAGACAUUACUUCUGGACUGGUAUCAGCGAUUCCCCGUUCACGUUAGUUGUGGCCAUUCCGGAGAACUAUGGACGACACCGUAUCACACCCCCACCUACAGACGACAUACACAGACUCUCACUAACAUCUAAGAAUAUUUCGGCGAGGCAAUAUCUGUCGGACAAGUGGAGCGUCCAUCCUGAUUGGUUAUAUUGUCGGCAUUACGAGCGUACAUUUGCGAAUGCUGAAGAAGAAUUACUUUACUUCUUGGAACGAGUGGCCAAGCCAGGUUGGCGCUGGCCAGCCAAGCCCCGGCCUCCAGAACACCAUAAGAACAAAACUGGUCACGAGCGGCAUAAUAACGGAACAUCAGAGGCGAGGGAGAGGAACAAGAAUGAAUAUUAUUGUGACCAUGGCUUAAUGCAAGCCUUGGUGUAUGAUGCCCGAAACACAGCUUGGUUCAACAAGAGCAUCUCAGAAUCCGCAUCAGAUGAAAAGGCCCCAUUGACAAAAGUGAUCGGAUUAUUGCCGAGGGUGGAGUUCAUUCAACGCUUUGGAUACAUCGUGGCUUUCCUGUCGACGCACAGUGGUCUCACACGGUGGCAGACCCAUCCGCCUAAAGAACAUGAUAAUGACAAACCAGAAUUUGGAAAACAGUGGCCACGAGCUAUCGAGGAAGUGUGGUACCGUCGGGCAGUGGAACAGCACUAUGUGGAUCCCCUCAGUUACGUGUACAGCGUCGACCUGAGCACUGACAAGUUUCCCCUCAACGUCAGCCUGGCUAUGGUCACUGCAUCGCAUGCGGUAUUCCAUGGAGACGGACAUAGGAAGGCUCCAGCCGCUGUCGUUGGCUUCCAAUUCAAACAUGAACGACUCAGCGAAUGGUUCGAUAAUAUUACUUCUUCGUGCGAACACAACAAGGAGUGCACAACCUGUCAAUCUGAAAGCUGGGACUGUUACUUGGUGGACAACAAUGGCUGGAUAAUUGUCAGCGAAGACGCGACUCAAACUGGACAAUUCUUUGGAAGGAUUCGACCAGAUAUUAUGGCGAGGUUGGUGGAAGACGAAGUGUACAAGGCGGUGCACAUCGUAGACUAUCAAGCAGUCUGCUUCAGAGAAAAGAAAACCACGAACCCAGCCACAAUGCUGUUUACCCCUCUUGAGAACUUGCGGCUCGUGAUGGCUUGGUUCAUAGCCACCACGGUUUGGUUCUACAACUGCAUCACCACAGGUUUGGCACAAGCAUCCAGCUACUCGUUGGACGACGAGAAUGUUACACCCACCGCGUACCAGAGUUACGAGAACGAUGAAGAGACUGACGACCCGGGUAUGAAUAAACCUCCGAACAUGCGAGUGUUGGAGAGAGAUUAUGAGAAGUUGGUGUUGAUAAACCGGACCAGGCCAACUCCUUGCGACAGGGAGAUGUAUCUGUACCAGCUGACAGACUACAGCAACCUGGACGCGAAGCUGAACGUGCCAGUGGACGAUAAAUGCCACCGGCCCUUCUACGCGCAGCAUGUCAACUACACCAACAUGCUCAUGAUAGUCGUAGACGCGAACUGUCCGAAGCUAGAAGUGGCCGCCAUGUCGGUAGACGCGACUGAGGUGAACUACAACGAAUCGCUGCCCUGCUUGAAGCAUAUGCAUCCUUUGUACAGGAAGCAACCCACUUCUUGUAUCCGGAAUCAUACUGAGGAAAGCAAUAUCGACAUGUGUGGACGCGGCAGUUUACCGGGCAACUGCAAGACAUGGGUUACACUGAGUCUAUUUUUAAUACUUCGGUAUCUGGCGUAGAUUUUGAAAAUGUUCUAUUAAAAGGCUAAGAGCCUCCGUACAUAUAUUGAAUGUUAGACAAUUGCUAACUAAACAAGUCAUAAUGGUGUGGUCACAUUGAGAGCCAGCAUUAGAAUUUCUAGAUACGAGCUAGUAUAUAGUUCUAUCAGCGACCUGCCAGUGUGAACGCGCCUUUAUAGACCUGUAUGGCUAUCGAUAUCUUUGCCAAAUGGGAGUCAAGUAUUUGAAGAAAUGAUAAUUCUUGAUGAAAGGAUGCCAUAUUCUUCAAUUAUGUUAUUCACGCUUUUCCCAAUAAUAGUCAAAGUUUUCUACAACAGAAAAUAACACACCUGUGUUCUGUGUAAGUACCUUUAAAAUUCUCAAAUAAAAUAAUAGAUAUUAUAAAAUAGUUAUGUACUACGUUUUGUUAUCAAAUGUCAUAGUUUAUUGAAAUACUUAUAAUUAUGUUCAUAGAAAAUUUUAAAGACUUGUCAAACUUAUUUAAAACCUCUAAAUAGUUUAUAUUGUGUUAAUAAAUUGUGAAUUACAUUGAUCUCUGCUUUUAGAUUAGGUAGGUAAUUAAAGAAAGUACAUGUCAUUCCCACAUAUCAAAUUUUAAAUGAUAGAGUAUGCUCCCAUUGUGCCACAAUAGGAAGCAAUAAUAAAAAUAUUCAUAUCAACAAAUUGGACGAUCCUCAAACACCAUGUGGAGUGUUAGUUAAAUUAUAUAAUAAAAUAAAAAUUUAAUUGGUAAGAUAAUAAUAUAGCUUUUGUAAAGGAAAUGGCUUUUUGCAUAAUUUUCUAGUUUAUACUUUGUCAGUUUAUUCUGUUGUAAAUUAAUUUUAAUGUCACCUUUGCUCCGUCCUGCCAGUAAAUUAUUAAUUGGGAUGGAAGUAUUUUAUAACAUCCGUAACAAGUAACAACAAGCAAUUAAGGAGAACAUUUCAAUUUAAAUUUUUAUUCUAUCCUUCAAUUACUUAUAUCGAUGCAGUAUUACACCACAGAGUGGUCGUAUAUUUGUAAUUAUAUUAUUAUUAGAUUUUAGUAUUUCGAAUCUCUGUCAUUUACGUAUUUGUCUUAGACGUGAACUCUUUACUUAAUUACUGAAAUGUGAUUGUUUGAUUGUACAAAAUAAAUCAUUACAAUUCAA